GAAUCGCUGCUCGUCCUCAAGCGUCCCUCAUCCCUCUCAGCAUCUCUGACCAUCUUCGUAGGGCGUCUCGUCCAGCUAAUAACAAAGAUAAUGGCUCUUUUACUGCAGGCUGGUUCUCUAAUGUUCCUGCUGGCGUUCUACAGUUCCGCGGUAGCUGAUGCAGCAGCACCUCAACACCUGUGUGGCUCUCACCUGGUCGACGCCCUGUACCUGGUCUGUGGCCCCAACGGCUUCUUCUAUAACCCUAAAAGAGACGUGGAUCCUCUGCUGGGGUUCCUCCCGGCUAGAUCCGCCACCGAGGGCGAGACGGCCGAAUACCCAUAUAAAGACUACAACGAGCUGAUGGUGAAAAGAGGCAUCGUGGAGCUGUGCUGCCACAAACCCUGCAGCUUACAUGACCUGCAAAACUACUGCAAUUAAAUCGCCAACCACCGCAGUCUGUCUGGUCCCCAUCCCCCGCCCCCUCACCUGCUGCAAAUGAGACAAGGGCCUACUCGAUUUUGGGUUUUGUGUUUUGUUUUUCCUAGAAAAUAAAUGGUACAUCAAAUGAA